CAUGAUUUUGAGGUGUUAUGGUCGAUUUAUUAAAUAUGUAGAGACUAGAGUAACGUUUUGCAAGAAUAGGCUAGCUUUUUUAUUGGUAACAAAGAAUAGGCUAGCUUUUUAUCUAAGUGUAGUUUGUCUUUUAUAAUUUAAAUCUCGAAGCAUUUAUUUUGAUAAUUGACAUAUGUAUACAAGUAUUUAUAUUAUGUUACACUUUAGCAAUUUAUUUAAAAUAAAACUACAUAAUAAGAAAAAAACAAAUUUGCAAGCAAUUUUGUAGAUAUAUAUAUAUAUUAUAUUAAUUGAAAAUAUUUAACUGAGGAAACUAAAUCAAUCAAUGCAGAUGUACAUAUUAGAUCUGAACAAUACUAAUUUUAUAUAAAAUCUAAUAUGAAAAAAUAAUUAUACUCUAUAACAAAACUAGAACCAUCAAUGCACAUGUACAUAUAGAUCUGAACAAUACUAAUUUUUAUAUAAAUCUAAGAUGAAAAUUAAUUAUAAUCUUUUAUCAUGUUUAAAGGUUACUUUUGGAAUAUAUAUAUAUAUAUUAUUUUGGAAAAGUGAAAUAAAAAAUGAAAAAGACAAUCUUAAACGCCAGCAUUGUUCCAAGGCUGGUUCUCUCUUCUCUUCUCCAAGGUUCUUUGUGGUUUCAAGAUUGCUGAUCCCGAGGGCAUGUCUUGGUUCUCCAUUGUGACUACUACUCCCGAGCAAUGGCUCCCGAUCCGAUAUUCACGCAUUUGGCUGGGAGGACAUCUGUUUGUCUCCAGAGGUUUUGCAGGCGACGUUUAAGGAGAACUUCGGACGCCAUAUCUUUCCUCCUUCCAACUGAAGAAGGCGAAGAGAGGAGAACAAAAACCAGCUUUGUCAUCAAUCGUUGCUUUUUCCCUCUUUUUUUUCCCUUUGCUUGUGAAUUGUGAUCCACGGAAGUAUUCAUAAUCUAGGACUUUUAGGGUUUGCUUCUCUUUCUGUUUUUUUUUUUUUAAUCCUGGACUGGUUCUUAUUCUCUAUGUUGGUUUUCACGCUUUGUUAUUGAAAUAAAACAUUUGAAAACAUAUUUUCAUUAUUUGUAAGUCUUCUCGAAUAAUACCAUUCUUUUAGAUGAAAAUGGAUCAACAGUCCGAACACAAACACACAAUUCCGGGCAUCUCUUAGUAUUUAUUUAGGUGUUUUAAAUUAAAUCUUAACAUGUCUUUCUUAUAACUUAGAUAAUCUAAUUGCAUCUUAACAUGUGUUUGGAAAGAAAACAAAAGAAAAGGAAGAAAAGUAUAUGUGCUUGUUUUUUUUGACGAAAAAAGUAUAUGUACUUGUUAUGAGUUAGCAUAAUUCAUUAUAAGGUUAUUGAAUCAAAUACUAUAUUUGAUUACUGAAUCAGGUUAAACCAUAACGCAAUGAACAAUAUUAUUCAUACGAUUUGAUAAUGUUAAAACAUUAUAUAAUUAUUUUAUAAUUUUUUUAUAACUUCAACAUUUAGGAUAAGGUACACCACAAGUUGAUAAGACCAUGUGUGCAUAUUUGGAUUUAACAUACUGACCAAAUCUUGGAUCUUUUAUGUAACCACAUAGACACGAUUGUUGUUUUUUCAGUACUCCGCAACAUUCUGUCGUCGGUUUACUUCCAGUUUGAACUGCUGGGAUGCAUGGUUUAAGUUCUCCCGGGACGCAUACCCCAUUUGUCCCCUCUUCCACGACCGCAUUGGUCCGAGCCAAAGACGAGACAAAAAUGAGCACAAAUGCUAUGCAUAUUGCUCCUGUGAACUUCAUAAUUUUAUAAUCUUAGUGACUUCUUUCAAACUAGAUCUAGUUUUUUUUUUUUUGAAAAUAUUUGCGAUGAUGAUUUUGAGGUGUUAAUGGCAAAGCUAUUAUAUAGGUGGACUAGAGUAAAGUUUGCAACAAUAAGCUGGCUUUUUAGGUAGUGUAGUUUGUCUUUUUAAUUAAAUCUUGAAGCAUUUAUUACGAUAAUUAAAAGAUAUUGACAUAUGUAUACAAGUAUUUAUAUUAUGUUACACUUUAGCAAUCUAUUAAAAGAAAACUACAUACUAAAAAAAUAUCCAAAUUCACAAGCAAUUAUAUAUAUUAAUUGAUAAUAUUUAAUAACUGAGGUGAAGGUGUAAUGUAAUAAUCUAUAAUAAAACUAAAAUCAUCAAUGCACAUGUAUAUUAGAUUUGAGCAAUAUAUAAAUCUGAUCUGAAAAUUAAUUAUUAUCUUUGAUGUACUUUAAAAUAAUUUUUUUUUGGAAAAGUGAAACCAACCAAAGAAAAAGAAUCUGUACUUACUAUGAUUUUUUUUCACAACUAAUGUCAAUAUUUUGUAAAUAUAAACUUUAAUACUGUAUAUAGUUGGACGAGGACUCUUUUUAUACGAUAAAACAGAAUUUAAUUGAUAAUUUUGAGAAUGACAUGUAUCUUUAAAAAACAAAUAAACAAUUUUUAUAUCUUAUUUUUCAAAAAUAUAUUUUAAAAUGAAAUGAAUACAUCUGAUUUUAUUUCCCACUAUCUCCAAUCUCUAUAACUGCUCAAAUUCUCACUAUCUCAACGAUUUUAUGAAACUACUUAAAUAACCAUAAGUUUUUACUCUUCGCAAUCACCAACACUACUCUAUUCUUUUUCUUUUGACACUACUCUGCUCUACUAUCCUAAUAAAACACCAAAAUGUCUAUAAUUUUGAGGGUUCAUUUGGUGAAUCAUUGUGUCAAUUUCAUUAAUAUUUAAUGGGAACAUUGUGUAAGUAUUGUCUACAGUUCUCUUAUAUUGAAUUGUGAUUAAAUAUUUAUAUAUCAGUUUAACACUUUUUCGAAAUUCACAGACAAAACCAAUGAAGAUUACGAUGAAUACUGUGAACACUAUCAACAUUUAUUGGAGUCUAUACAUUGUUUUCGAACAGGUUUUUUUUUUUUUUUUUUUUAAUCUUAUUUUUAUUUUAUUUUAUUUUGUUUUUGAACAGGUUUCUUUCUGUUGCUUAUUUUGUUGGAUCUGUAAUCCAUCUCAAGCAAUUUUUGUACAUGAAUCUCUUUGUAUAUUUACUUUAUUUAAUUUUUCAAUUUUUUAACAGGGUCAAAGCUGUCAGUAGGAGAAGGAAAUCAAAAUUGUUGUUUGUGGUUUUGAGUAGAAGUUUAUCAAAGGUAGAAAGAGCUUCCUCUGGGACUUCCUCGAAUGAUACAAUUUUUAGAUAAAAAUGGGUUAACAUGCCGAGCACAAACACACAAUUCACAGCGUUACCAAAUAUUUCCCUUAACCUUUUUUUUUCUUUCCUUUUCUAAAACGGCCAUGUGAACUCUGGGUCUGUGGCAGUGGCAGCUCAUAUGAUUAGUUUUUUUUUUUUGUAAAAGCUCAUGGAUUAGUUUAGUUAUUUAAAAUUAAACAUUAGCAUGUGUUUCUUAUAACUUUGAUUUCUAAUUGCAUCUUAAGUUGUUUUGAAAGUAAAACAAAAACAAAAGGACGAAAAGUGUCUAUACUUAUUAUGAGAUUUAAUUUUUUACUGGUUUAAGAUCCGCGCCUUGCACAGAAAAAGUGAUCUAAACUAUAUUUACGAAUGAUGUGCUACGAAAAGUAUCAAAUAAAGGAGAAGCACGAAGCCAUAACUUUAUUGAAUGAUGUGAUUUUAGGCUGCUGUUUUUUUUUUGCUUAAGGUAGUUGUGAGACUUUUGAGAUGGAUAUCUCUAAUGUAUUGUGAGGUAGUUGUGGCUUUAUCAAUGGCACAUUUAUAAAUUAGCUAAUAUCCGCAAGUUUAAUGUAGAGGAAUUUUCGGUAUAAUUUCUUAAUUAGACAUAACAAAUUAGGAAAUUUUCAAUAUAAAACAAAUUUUCUGGUCAAAGAAAACGAAUUUAAAUUGAAUAUACAAUAUACAGUUAUCAUUAUGAUAAGAACCUGCACAUAAACUUUAACAUUUGCCUUUUUACAAAUAAGCUUGCACACCAAGUUUUAACAUUAAUUCAAACAGUCCUUUUAAGUGAGACUUGCAAAUAAUUCAAAUUUUCUAACAAUUAAUAUUACCCAAAAAAGUAGGUUUCUAUGUUAUUCAUACACUUUAAAACACAAACAACAUAUCGUCCAGUGAUUAUACAACCAAUAUGUGUUAGAUACCUUACAUUGGUGAAGUGUAUUGUGUUAUUUUGAUCAACUAAAUAUAGCUAUAUUUAGAAUUAGAAGUAUCUGCAACUAAAAAUUGCUUUAGCAUUCAUCCGUCAGCAAUUCAGCAUUAAUAACUGGUUUUAUAUGAUUGUUCUAGCAAAGUAACCUUGGCUGACAUGCCAAUUUUAAUACCGACUGUUGAUCAAAUGAUUAUGAAAAUGGCUAAAAGUAGAACUACAACUGCGUUCACCAGACAUCAUAAAUUAGGAAUUUGAGAAUAUAUAUGAUUGGUGAGUCAGGUGAAACAAUAGGCGAACAUGCCAAUUUUGUUGUGUUAUAUUCGUCAAAUGAUUAUGGCCAUGAUUAGUUAUAUGCCAGUCAGCCAGUUAAAUUAUGCAUAUGUAAUAAUUUUAAGGAUUAUAAAGUGAAAAAUAUUUUUUGUAGGUACAAUUUAGGUUCAAAGUAUAAGAGAGAGACGGCAGUGAAGUGACUAUCGAACCCAAUACAAGUUCAACGAAUCUGAUAAAUCGCCAAUUUACACAUAUUACACUACAUAGCAUUUUGUAUUAAUUGAAAUGAUUCAUAAAUGUGUAAACAAUUUUGGUCGGGCCAACAAAUUUUAGACAAUGGUUUUUUUUGUAAUUAUUCUAGUAAUUAAAGGGUGUUUCUAUAAUUAGGCUGAGAAUGCAUAAAAGUAUACACCUAAUCAAUGACACCAUGUAAAUAACUUUGCAAAAUAAAGGUUACUCUUUUGCCAAUGUUCCUCAAUUAAAUAUUUAAGGGAUAAAUUUAAUAUAAUUCAUAUUUUGCCAACUAUCGAAAUAUAUUUAUUUAUAAAUGGCUAAGUUCAUAAUCUACUGUAGAUUAACUCAUACGACCCCGCCACUUAACGGAUUCAAAACUUCAUGCCCAUACGGCCAUACCCUCCUCAAUCCUCAUGAUGGAAUAUGUUGGGUUUAGUAUGCGUGCAUGACCCUUUUUGAGUAUUGACAAUAUAAUUUAAACCGAUCAAGAAAGCGAAUACUAAAUUAGAUUAUUGAAUCAGGUUAAGAUCAUGAUACAAUGAAGCUUUCAGUGAACAAUAUUAUUACAUAAGAUUUUGAUAAUGUAACAUAUACAUUAUAUAAUUAUUUUAUAAAUACUCGAAACUCAACAAGCAGGAUAAGCUACACUACAAGCUGCUAUGACCUUGUGAGCAUUUGGGGUUUUAAAACAAUGACCAAAUGCUGGAUUUUUCAUGUAACUACAGAGACACGACUCUUGUUCUUUCAGUUUUCCGCAACAUUCUGUCGAUGGAUUACUUCCGGUUAGUCCUGCUGGCGUGCAUGGUUUAAGUUCUGCCGGGACGCAUGCCACUUUUAUCCCCUCUUCCACGGUUGCGUCGGUCCAAGCCAAAGACGACACAAGGGCUAUCACAAAUGAAAUGCAUAUCGCUCCUGUGAACUUCAUGUUUUGUAACCUUAGUGACUCUUUUUGAACUAGUUCUAAGUAAUUUUUGAUUUCUUAAAAAAUGUUUGAGAUGUUGAUUUUGAGGUGUUGAUGGUCAAGCUAUUAUAUAGGUGAAGAUUGGAUUAAAGUUUGCAAUAACAUGAUUUAUUUCUGUCAUUUUUAAUUAAUUUUUGAAGGAAUCCACACUCACACACAUUUUAUUUUGAUAAUAUAUCAGAGAUGUUAGCAAUUUAUUUAAAAGAAAACUACAUUAAUAUAAUAUAUCAGAUUUGCAUUAAUUCAUAUAUAUUAACUGAAAAUAUUUAAACAAGAAAAAUGGAAAGGUAUUUAUCUAUGAUAAAACUAAAAUUAUUGAUGCACAUGUAUAUAUUAGAACAUCUGCAUCUAUGAUAUCUAAAUAGAUAUCUAAAUAGUAAAAAAUUAAAAUAAACAAAAAAAGAAAUGAUAUAUAAUCCAUGAGAUAUUUUAAAAACACAUAGACUCAUAUUACACUUGUCAAAAUUUAUAUUAAUUUAGAUUUUUCCAUUAAUUAACAUUUUUUUAACAACAUUAACUUGUAGCUUAUUAAUUUAUAAUAAAAUAUUAGUAUAUUUGCAAGAUACUCAAAGAAAUAUCUCACUUUUAACAGUGCUCUUAGAUUUGAUAUGAAAAAAUAAUUAUACUUUUGAUAAUGUUCAAAACUUACUUUUAAAUAAAAUUGUUUGAAAAAAAAGAAUCAGUAGUUAUUGUGAUUUUUUCACAUUUAAACAGAAAGGACAUCAGUAAAUAUUUUGGAAAAAUAAAAUUGAAUAUAUGAAAUCUUACUAGCUAGUUGGAGAAGGCUAAAAGCUUUUUUCGACGGAGCAGAGGAUAUGUUUUUUGCGUCUGAACUUGGUGUCCUUCAAUGUAUUGAUCAAAGGGUGUUUUGAUAAAUGCGUCUGGAAAGAUGCAUGCAAAAUGUUCAAUGAAAUGCUCGAGAGGGAAGUGCAACCUACCGUAGUGAUAAAACCAGAUGUUAUGAUCUAUAACAUUAUGGUUAAUCAUCUUUGUAGCGAAGGUAGAGGCCCCUGAGGGGGUACAGGACACUGAAGGAAAUGGAGAUGAAAAGUUGUGAGCCAAAUGCAGCUACAUACCGUAUGAUGGUUGACUAUUUUGAAUCCAAUGCUUGCAGCAAGCAGACACUCUCCCACACCUGCAACGCUUGUGUGUUUGGUUGAUGGGCUGGUUAAAUGAGUCAUAACUUGGAUCAUGCUUGCUUUGUGUUAGAGGUGAUUGGAAAGAAAAAUUUAAGCUUUGUGUCUAGUGCUUGGGAAAGUCUACUCUGUGAUCUCUGUAUUAAGGAUGGAGGGUUUUGUUGUGAAGCUUUGUUAGAAGUGAUUUCUACCUAACCAAUGACCUCUUAAAGGUGAAAUUCUCAUACUUGUUUAUUCCUGAUUUGAAAUAGAAUAGGGUGGAUGAGUUUAAUUUCCUUCCUCAGAAAAAAAAUGCAGGCUUAACUUAUUACUUUUAGACUUGAAAUUUUAAUUUUUUUUGCUAAUUCAUGCAGUAAGACUUCUAGUAAAUUUCAAGAUCUUGUGGUGAAAUUAUAGCUGAUUUUUUUUUUGGGUUUGUUUCAUCUUUUUUAUGUUUUUUCCUGCUCUAAACCAAACCACCACAUAAUGGAAAAGUUAUCACAUACUCUGCUUCAUCAACUCCAUCUUUUUCCAUCAAGAAUUUGGCUUCAUUUCAUUUAUAUAAGCUCGUUCUGAAUCAGUCCAGAAAAGUAGAAACAAUUCAGCUCAAAUUCAAAUUAAUAGUCUUAGUCUCUGAUAUUUUUCCUUGUCAAUGACAGGCUGCAAGAUACUCUUCGUCUUGGUUUUAGCUCUUGCCAUGGCUUUUGUCUCGGCCGCUCGUCUUCUUAAUGAAGAAGAAGAUCUUGGAUUAGUCCCUAUGCCUACCACAAGUCCUAGUCCAUUACCAACUACUGGUUCAGGCUCCUUCGCCAGUGCUAGUUCAGGGCCUGCAACUGGUAUCACUUCAGGUACUGGUCUAGCCUCAGAUGGUUCCUUGACUACUUUAACUGGCUCCGGACCUCUACCAACCACUGGUUCUGGUUCUUUACCGGUUGCCAGUUCAGGUCCCUUGCCCACUACUGGCACUGGUUCUCUACCAACCACCGGUUCUGGUUCUUUUCCGGUUGCUAGUUCUGGUCCUUUGCCUGGUGCUGGUGCAGGGCCUUCGCCGACUGUUGGUUCAGGUGCCACGGGUGGUUCAGUUCCCGACCACACUCUGGUUUUCUUUAUGCACGACAUACUCGGUGGCUCAAAUCCGACAGCCAGAGCUGUGACUGGAGUCGUUGCAAACCCAGCUCUCAGUGGCCAACUUCCAUUUGCCAAGCCCAAUGGCGCAAACCUCCCUGUCAACAACGGCAUUCCAUCAAACAAUAACAACGGGAUCCUAACUAACAACAACGUCCCUCUACUCAUCGGGCUGGGCGGAACCACUUCCAGCAUUCUACAGAACGACGGUAACAACCUCUUGAACGGUCUCCCCGUGGCCAACGGUGGUCAGCUCCCAUCGGGUUCGUCUCUCCAGAUGCUCAUGUUUGGAACAAUGACGGUGAUGGACAACGAGCUAACCGAAGGGCAUGAACUCGGGUCAGGUCUGCUUGGCAAAGCCCAGGGCUUCUAUGUGGCCAGCGCCGUGGAUGGAACCAGCCAGACAAUGGCUUUCACGGCCAUGUUUGAGAGUGGUGGUUAUGAAGAUAGCAUAAGUUUCUUCAGUGUACAUAGAACGGCUGCAUCAGAGUCUCAUCUUGGUGUUAUGGGUGGUACAGGGAAGUAUGUGAAUGCCAGAGGCUACGCCAUUGUCAAAACAUUUACAGGUGGCACCGGGAACACACAGCAGCCGCACCAGUUCACAGAUGGGCUAGAGACAGUUCUGGAGUGUACCGUUUAUCUUUCUUACUAGUUUUUUUUUCUUUCUUGUCCUCUAUUACUGAAGUUUGUUGCGCUCUUUCAUAUUUGU